AUGCCGACCGCAACGACCGACACAGACGGUACGGCGGCGUCACCUACGAGCGCGGCGACCGACACGGACAAACCGAAUGCCGUCGUUCUCUAUCCCACUGGACAGCCGACGGUUAACAAUAUAGACACGGUCGAAGUCGCGUAUGACACGAUAUGGGAAAAUGCGAGCUUGACUUUAUUCUGUGACAUCGACGAGGCAGAUAAUAAAUGGUCACUGGCUAAUAUAUCAUUGCUGCAACCAAGCGGAAAAUCUGCGAUAUCACCCAUACAAGCAGGGAUGCAAAUUCCACAGUUCCCAGUCUCAUGCGGCAUAUUGAUCUACGAUGAAUCCAACAGAGGGGACUCAACUACGGGCGGAGGGUUCACGAUGACAAGCACGACAGGGAUUGUUUCGACGUACGGUCUGAGCAUGACGACAGCAAGGGAUAUGUCGAAGAUGACCACGGGAACAAAGAAUUCAGCAGCCACCGACACAAACGUGUCAAGUCAUAGCACGAUAGACUCGUCCAUUACGAAGGAUACGGCAGCCGUUUCUUCAUCCACUGCUACGAACACGGACGUGCUGGGUGCGGCAGACUCAUCUUCUUCUCCUUCCUCCCCAUCGCACUCGACCGGUCUCGGCGCAGGGGCCAGGGCCGGCCUCGCGAUUGGGAUUAUUCUCGGCGCCAUCGCUUUGUCUGCGGCCUUGUUCUUCUUUUUCCGCUUGCGGCGACGGAUAGCUAGAGUCGAGAACAUGGUCAAAGGAGGGGGUACGGCUUCGACCGAGAAGGUGUUGGCGUCAUCAUCACCGCCGUUACCGCCGGCACUGGCGCCGCAAAUUGCAAAGCCGGCACCUUUACCUACAUUUACGGCACGUUCAAACUCUCCUGCUGCACUUACUCCAGGCGCUGGUGGCGGUGACGGUAACGGGAGUAAUAACAACACUCGAAACUCGGAGGAGUGGAGACAGUUCUUUGGGAAUGCUAGCAAUCCCCGCUCUCACACUUCUGCGUCGGCCUAG